CGCCGGCGGGGCGGGCCGCGCGCUGCGUAAACGGCUGCGAGAAUCGCCGCCGCGCGCGCUCCCGGCGUAAGCGGCGGGACUUUGCCCCCGCCCCGCCGAGCCUCAGCGCUCCCGUCCCGCCGCCAUGGCCGCCAUGGCCGCCCCGGGGCCGGCGCGGCUCCUCCGGGCCGCCGCCGCUUCCUCCCGCCGCUGGCUCUUCUCCUCCACCUUGCCGGCAGCCGGGCCGAGGCCGGGCUGCGGCAGCGCUGCCGGGAGGGCAGCGCGCCCGUUCAGCCUCUCUGCCCGGGCGGUGCUCAGCUCAGAUGAUAAAAUAACUGUUCAUUUCAUAAACCGCGACGGUGACAAACUAACAGCCAAGGGAAAACCUGGAGAUUCACUGCUGGAUGUUGUUGUUGACAAUAAUCUAGACAUAGAUGGUUUUGGUGCAUGUGAAGGAACGCUAGCCUGUUCAACUUGUCAUUUAAUAUUUGAAAACCACAUAUUUGAGAAACUAGAUGCAAUUACUGAUGAAGAGAUGGACAUGCUGGACCUGGCAUAUGGCCUCACAGAAACAUCACGUUUGGGCUGCCAAAUCUGCUUGAAGAAAUCAAUGAAUGAUAUGACUGUUCGAGUACCAGAAGCUGUGGCUGAUGCUAGACAAUCAGUAGACAUGAGUAAAAACUCCUAAAAAUAUAUCCUAGGGGUUUUAAAGAAGCUUAAUUAUUUUUAUAACUUAUUUUUAAAUGUGUAAUUAAAUAUGGAUACUUACAUAAUUGUGAGUUAUUUUAUAUGACUAUCAAUAUUAGAUUAAUGCUAUUUUAAUUUUCUUUAUAGAACCUCUUAUAUUUUUACGCUUAAAAUGCAAUAAUAGUUCUUAUAAGUAAUCAUUGGAUUAUAAACAUCAGCAAGUAUAUUACAGAUUUCAUAUAACAUUAUUCUGCCAAAACAUUUAAUGACAUUUAGAAACUGGAUCAUUUGUACAGGGCUUCUCCUAAAACAAACUCUGAGCAUUUCUAGGUCUCAGACCUAAAUGUGUAAGAGAAAAGACCCUUACAUGGGGUCUUUUUGAAGUGUUGCCAUUAAAGAUGGUGUGCUCAGAGCUAGUUGAAAUUCUCAGUAGAUAUGAUACUUCCUCAGCAAAUAGCGAAUUUUCAGGAUAGGAAUUUUCCAAACUUUGAAAUCUAAAUGAGAUGUGGCAAAGGUUGUCUUGUGAAAAUACUGCUAAACCCAUGUGUUGUAAGAGCUGUGUUAUGGUUUAACCCAGCAGGCAGCUGAAUGCCACACAGCCAUUCACUUGCACCCCACCACUGCCCACCCCCCUUCCAAAUGGAAUAGGGGGUAAAUUUGGGGGGGAAAAAAGGUAACAUUCAUAUGUUGAGAUAAAGACAGUUUAACAGGACAGAAACAGAAAGGAAAACAACAGUAAUAAUGACAAAUUCAUAAAACAAGUGAGGCACCACACAAUUGCCCACCACCUGAUGACUGAUGCCUAGCCAGUUCCUAGGCAGUGACCCCUGGCCAUCUUCUGCCCCAGCUGAUAUUUUGAGCAUGACAUGAAAUGGUCUGGGAGCUCCUGCUCCUCACUUGGGGUCAGCUGUCCUGGCUGUAUCCCCUCCCAAUUCCUUGUGCACCCCCACAAGAUGAGGUGAGAAUCUGAAAAGGCCUUGAGUUUGUUGUUGUUAAGCCAUGUUUACAUUAAAACACCAGUGUGUUAUCAACAAUAUUCGGAUUUGAAAUCCAGAACAGCACUGUAUCAGCUACUGGGAGAAAAUCAGCUCUCUCCCAGGUGAAACCAGGAUAGGCUGAUGCAGGAUUUUGGCACCUGCAGCUUAACCCUGGUCCAAAGCAGAUGUCAGUAAACUUCAAGAAUAUUUACAUUUGACUACACCACAAAUACUGGGAUAGACUGGGCUUAGAAGAAUGAAUCCUUGGAGCUGUGUAAUGGGAGAACACACCCAGUGGAAUUACAAUUUACCCAUCACUAACUCUUGCAGUUCUGUGAAUAUGACUGAGUUGGGAUUGAACGGGACAAUGUUUGUCAGCAUCGGAUUUGUUCUGAAAUCUUUAUCCCUUUUUAGUUUUGAGCUGUGCAGGAGGCAGUCUGAUGUUAGCUCAGCUGUUCAGCUUGAAGACGUUGCUUGAUUCUGGGCCUUGCUUGCAGGAUCAUUUCUGUAAUGGUUAAUGCAAAAUGACAAACUAUAUUUGUUACAUAAAAAUGGCCUAGGUUCCCCAGAAGGUACAGGGAAACCCCUGUGAUGGAUGGUGUCUGCAUUGAUGAUGAAGAGCUUUCAGUUGAAUAUUGUUCUAGUCUUUCUAAAGUAGCCCAAAUAAAAUAAUGUUUCUAAGACUAUUAUUUUCUCCAACUUUACAUAAAUACUUACAUGAACUGGUUAUCAGCAGUAGUUGUAAACUUUCGAUUUUGGGGGGCCUUUUAAAAUAUAUAUAUAUAUAUAAAAAACCAUGGUUUUUUACAUUUGAAUGAUCUAAAGCAUUCAUUAAUGCUUUGUUUGAAGUGGUGACAAUGACAUCUGGACAUCUUUUCUUGCAUUGUUAUUAUAUAUGUGGGAGGGGAGAAACAUUUUUAUUCCAGUGUCAAUUAUUGGGAUUAUUUUGAGCUUUGUAAAGAGGAAAAAAAGUUACUCUUUGUUAUGAGAAUUAAUAUUUUCUAAAACUGUAUUUAAAAUAGAUGUGGAUCAGAUUAUUUUAUUUCCUGUCUAGUUACUUCAUUUCCUUCUGUUACCUUUCAACUUUGUCCUAAUGCAAGGUAUGCUAAUUGUGGUCUGCUCAAAACUUAAUCAUGUAGGGGUUUCAGAAUACACCUCUGAUGUCAUGUGAUUCAAACUAAGACUUCAGAAUCAAAAUUUUCAGGCUUUAUGAAGGGCAGAGAGAGAAAGGUCAGGGAGAAGGGUGGGCAUAAAUUGAAGAAAUGUUCUGAAGAUGCUGCUAUCUUCCUCUUCUGCUGCUGUGACUCUAACCUCUCUAUGACUGAGAGGUUGCCCUCACACAGCCAUACCUUAAGGUAAAUUUCACUUUGUAUUGCCUUUGUCCUGAGCUCAUUUAUAUACAGUUAUUACUAUUAAAUCUUGAGGCUUUGGGUUUGGUUUUUUUUUUUUUACAUGAGACAGCUCAUCAGCUUCCAAGAGUGGGAACUCAAGUCGUAACUAGAUGUGUUGUGCAUUUGUACAUCAGAAAGAAAUACGAGGUUUCGGUACACCUGUGAGGAGUAGGGGUAGAUGUUGAUAGUUACUGAGUUUUGGGCUCUCCUUGGUUUUUUGUUUUGGGCUUAUGGUUUUGGUUUUUCUUCAUUGUGUUAUUUGGGGGUUUUUUUCAUACAGCACCAGGUACUUCUUGUGGGAAUCUUGAAGUGCUUAACACUGUGUUAAACAAAUGUGGAACAGCUCCCAAGUGAGUUUUCUUUCUAAGCCAAGGUGGUUUCGUUGUGUGUUUCCUGUGACAGCUUCUCAUUACAAAGACUUUGACUCUCCUAUAGUGUGCCUGUGGAAUGAAUUACUCAGCACAGCAAGGCAAAAAAGGACACUUGGAACCUCAUUUUGAAUUCUAGAGGUAUCCCAUACUUCAUGGAAAUGGAAAUCUCAGAACACAAAGGAACUGACUUGUAGUCCCCAGAAUGCACAGCUCAGAGAUACGAGUUUAUUGUCAAAAUGAUUUGCAAAUAAAUCUUAUUUUUAACCUCUUUCUGA